CCUCCGAGAACGCGAGCUGGGAGUACGUUGAGGCUAUGGCCCCUCGGCGCCUCCUGUUGGUUGGGGAGGGGAAUUUCUCCUUCGCCGCCGCUCUGAGCGAGACCCUGGAUCCGAGCACCAGUAUAACUGCCACCUGCCUCCAGCGCCCGGCCGACUUGGCCCGGGAUCCGCUGGCCCGGGAGAAUCUGCAGCGCCUGCGCGAGCGAGGUACCGAGGUACGCUUUGGUGUGGACUGCACCCAGCUGGUAGAUGCCUUUGAACUGCAAGACAGAGAGUUUGAUCGAAUUUAUUUUAACUUUCCGCACUGUGGACGCAAAGCUGGAGUAGCUAAGAACAGGGAACUGCUUGCCAAGUUUUUCCAGAGCUGUGCAGAUGUUCUUGCAGAGGAAGGAGAAGUCCAUGUGGCAUUGUGUAGAGGACAAGGUGGGACUCCUGCUGAUAAGCCCAUGAGAGAAUGGCACAACAGUUGGCAAGUGGUUGCUAUGGCAGCUCUGGGGGGAUUCAUUUUAAGUGAUGUGCAUCCCUUCAGCUGUGAGGCUGUGCCAGGGUACAAGUGCACUGGAUAUAGGAGUCAAGAUAAGUCCUUUCAUGUAGAAGGUGCUUUGAACCAUAUCUUUACCCGGAGCUUACCCUAUGAAGGUUUGCAACCAAGAAUUUCCAGGAUCAAACUGGGUGACCACUGGUUUUCUUUUCUAGAACCAGAAGUACUUGUAGGAAAACUGCACAGGCUUGCCAUGGCGAGCCGAGGAGCCCGGCAGCGCCUGAAGGGAAGCGGGGGCAGCGGCGGGGACACGGCCUCGGCCGCCGACAAGCUGCGGGAACUGCUGUGCAGCCGGGAGGCGGGCAGCGCAGAGCCCCGGCCCGAGUUAUCUGGGAACAAAGCAGGACAAGUCUGGGCACCUGAAGGAUCUACUGCGUUCAAGUGUCUGCUCUCAGCAAGGUUAUGUGCUGCUCUCCUGAGCAACAUCUCUGACUGUGAUGAAACAUUCAACUACUGGGAACCAACACACUACCUCAUCUAUGGGAAGGGGUUUCAGACUUGGGAGUAUUCCCCAGCUUAUGCCAUUCGCUCCUAUGCUUACCUGUUGCUUCACGCCUGGCCAGCUGCAUUUCAUGCAAGAAUUUUACAAACUAAUAAGAUUCUUGUCUUUUACUUUUUACGAUGUUUGCUGGCUUUUGUGAGCUGUAUAUGUGAACUUUACUUUUACAAGGCUGUGUGCAAGAAGUUUGGGCUGCAUGUGAGUCGAAUGAUGCUAGCCUUCUUGGUUCUCAGCACUGGCAUGUUUUGCUCAUCAUCAGCAUUCCUUCCUAGCAGCUUCUGUAUGUAUACUACAUUGAUAGCCAUGACUGGCUGGUAUAUGGACAAAACUUCCUUUGCUGUGCUUGGAGUAGCAGCUGGGGCUAUCUUAGGCUGGCCAUUCAGUGCAGCUCUUGGUUUACCUAUUGCCUUUGAUUUGCUGGUCAUGAAGCACAGAUGGAAGAGUUUCUUUCAUUGGUCGCUGGUUGCCCUAAUGAUCUUUCUGGUGCCUGUGGUGGUCAUUGACAGCUACUAUUACGGGAAGUUGGUGAUUGCACCACUGAACAUUGUUUUGUAUAAUGUCUUUACUCCUCAUGGACCUGAUCUUUAUGGUGUAGAGCCCUGGUAUUUCUAUUUAAUUAAUGGAUUUCUGAAUUUUAAUGUAGUCUUUGCUUUGGCUCUCUUGGUCUUACCACUGACUUCUCUUAUGGAAUACCUACUGCAGAGAUUUCAUGUUCAGAAUUUAGGCCACCCAUAUUGGCUUACCUUGGCUCCAAUGUAUAUUUGGUUUAUAAUUUUCUUCAUCCAGCCUCACAAAGAGGAGAGAUUUCUUUUCCCUGUAUACCCACUUGUAUGUCUCUGUGGUGCUGUGGCCCUUUCUGCACUUCAGAAAUGUUACCACUUCGUGUUUCAGCGAUACCGCCUGGAGCAUUAUACUGUGACAUCGAAUUGGCUGGCGUUGGGAACACUCUUGCUGUUUGGGCUCUUAUCUUUUUCUCGCUCUGUGGCACUGUUCAGAGGGUAUCAUGGGCCCCUUGAUUUGUAUCCAGAAUUUCACCGAAUUGCCACAGACCCAACCAUCCACACUGUCCCAGAAGGCCGACCUGUUAAUGUCUGUGUAGGAAAAGAGUGGUAUCGAUUUCCCAGCAGCUUCCUUCUGCCUGAUAAUUGGCAGCUUCAGUUCAUUACAUCAGAGUUCAGAGGCCAGUUACCAAAGCCAUUUGCAGAGGGACCACUGGCCACCCGGAUUAUUCCUACUGACAUGAAUGACCAGAACCUAGAGGAGCCAUCCAGAUAUAUUGACAUCAAUAAAUGCCAUUAUUUAGUGGAUUUGGACACCAUGAGAGAAACACCCCGGGAGCCAAAAUAUUCAUCCAAUAGAGAAGAAUGGAUCAACUUGGCCUACAGACCAUUCCUUGAUGCAUCUAGAUCUUCAAAGUUGUUGCGGGCAUUCUAUGUUCCCUUCCUGUCAGAUCAGUAUACAGUGUAUGCAAACUACACCAUCCUCAAACCCCGGAAAGGAAAGCAAAUCAGGAAGAAAAGUGGAGGUUAGCACCAUGCCUGUGGCCCCAAAGGACAACCAUCCUGUUAACUGACCGGAGAAGAGUAGAACCAGCUUUCAGGAAGAAUUGAAAAUCCCGGGACCGGAUGGCUGUGUUGAGCUGUUCUACACACUCUGGCUUGGCAUCCAAGAACUAGCCUCCCUUGGGCCGUAUGAGCUUCUCCACCAAAGCUCUUUGGCAGCUCCUAGCAGACCUUCUUGUUCCAAUCCUAGUGCUGAAAAUGAGCACAGCCUGAUUGCCAACCUACAUGUCCUUUUCACCUCCAGCAAGACUAAGCUUUUCUAAAGCACGUCACAGGACCAGGACCCUACCCUGGAGGUAUCUCAGGAAAAAAGGCAACCAGUUGAGGAACUGUGGCUUAAUUUCAUUACAUAGGAUGCCUCUUGCUUUCAUCUUAUUUCCUUUACAACAAACUAUAACUAUAUGGGUUUGGGUUUUUGUUUGUUCGUUUAUUUGUUUUUUAAGUUUUAGCAUGCUGUUUCUUGAAUUCAAGACUUCCCUGUAUAAAGGUAUCAACAGACCAGACUAUAACUGUACAGGACAUAUGUGGAGAAAAUUAACUCUAUCAGUUGGUAGAUUUGGAUGACCUCACAUUUUAAAGUAAUUUAUUCUGAGGCCAUUUCUGAGGAAAUUAAGAAUCUCCCUUUUUUAAACAACCCUAGUGAAAAAGACCAGUGUAUAUUCAUGGCACCUGUUUUUGAGUAUGUCUAUUGCAAAGCACAUCCUGCAUGGGGCACCUCUAGUCAAGUAGGCAAUGAUAAGAACUUAAUUAAAACACAAGUAUAUACUUUACUUUGCUUUUACACACAGUAUUUCAUAGUUUACAAAGCACUUUCACAUUAUCUCAUUUGAUCCUCACAGUCAUGACGUGAGGUAGACAAAGCAAGUGGUUUUGUCCCCAUUUUACAGAUGAAGAAACUGAGACUAUGGGGCAGGGGGCAGGGAGAGGUAAGGUGACUUGCCCAAGGUCACGCAGCCAAUAAGCAGUAGUGCUAGGACCAGAACCUGUGUUGCCUAACUUCUCAUCCAGCGCUCGUCCCUGCUCCUCACUUUACUAUGAAAACAUUACUUGCAAGAAUGAUGAGGUUGGCCAGAGACCUAAUUGAUAACAUAACUUUCUAUUUUAAGGAGGAACUUUAUCUGUGUUUCUGUGAGUUCUUUGGAGCCUCCAGUCUGCCUGUUGGUUAGACCAUCAUAGCUGUACUCCGGGAUGCAGCCUGGCCUGUGGCAGGAAAGUAGUGCUCAUGUUUGGAAGUCAAGCUCCUUUGCAGCCACACAGGAUCCAAUACCAGUUCCAUUCCUAUAGUCAAUCUGGGGUCACAUUAUAGUGCCUUAUUUCCCUAAGGGUGAUUGUGUCUAGUAUCUGCAAAUAGGAUGCAUUCAUUUUUCAGAGUUUCCAUCUUUCAUUUUUCAAAGAGAAGGGAUUUUCAGUAGGAACUGAUCCCAAGAGAGGAAGUGACAAGGGAAGAAAUGGCUAGUUACCAUACGAAGAGUCCUCAUUCGGAUCCCCUCUAAAGGAAUAUCUGGGGAGGGGUUGAAGAAUUGUGAGUCAGUAGGUCUAGAUAGCACAGAACAAUGAUAACUGGAGAGUGAAGAUAAACUGGGGUCCCACUCGCUGCUUUAAGGAUUUUUGUAUUUAAUUUUCAAUACUUGAUUACUGUUUCCCAAGGCAAAUAUUGGCACAUGUGUUCUGACUAUAGGAUAGAGAAUUUUUAGUGAAAUAUCUUGCCAUACCUGCAGUAAUAGUGCACUGUCCUUCACAGUGGCUAGAGCUCUUAUUAUUAUUAUUAUUAUUUUUGCCAAGGUAAAUGAGAGAGUACAGUAAUGAAGGUCCAUGGUGAGUGGUUUUUUUCUAAUCAGAGUGGUACAGUGCUGAUCCAUUUUAUCAUGUUGCAUGUUAAAAAAAAAAAAGCCUUCUGAGCAAGAACUUACUGUAAUAUAGCACAAAAAAGGUCAUGAUCAAUCUAGGUAUUCCUUGGGAAUAUCAGUUGCUGUCCCUUUUAAAACCUGAUUUCAGUUUGCUCUGUUCUAUGAAUAUCUUUAGUGAGAGCACAGUAAAUUGCAGAACACCCUGCCAAAUUCGAUAGGUAAAGGAUAUAAAAAUGAAUGUUUUUUGUUGUGAAGGUGUUUUUCACAUGAUAUAUAAACACGUUAAAACAUCUCCACCUCAGCAAUACAGGGAGGUUAGCUUUGCCUGGGAAGAGAGUUUCAAAACACUUGCUGAGAGUAGCAUUUCUCCUCCAGAGAAUCAGUGUUCAGCGUGAGCUGACCUCUCUGCUCACUGUAAGGGUAAAGUAUCUCAGAUACGUUUCUCUCUACAGAUUGUUGACUAUCAAGGAAUGAAUGAAGGUCUACAGCUUGUUGGUAAUAACCUUUGAUUAUGGAGCUGAGCGAGGGAGUCGGGUGUAUUGGCAGUUCCAGGGCUCUCUGAUCUCUAGAUCUUAAGCAGCCUUGUCUGAACCCCAGAUCUCACAACACUGAGUCCUAUUACUGAACCAGCCUGUGUAGUAGCAUCUGCUAUCAAAGUAUACCUGUCAACUGGUAGGUGUCAUCUGAUAAGAAAGACCACUCAUUUUAAUCUCUUGAGAUUACAACAGAAAAGUGAAGCCCACACUCUUUAUUACUGAAUUCAAGUUUAGAAACUGAUUCUCUGUUUUAAAUCAAGGUGGUUCUUGAUCCCAACCAUUUAUUUGGGUCAUUUUUUCUAGUUUGGAGUUCUGGGAAAGAACCUUCAAAACCCCAUGUAAUUCUGCAGCAUUAGAUCCAGAUUGACCAUUUGGGCAAAGCACAAAUGGAAAUCCUUUAUUGUGUUUUGCAUUUUGUGGGAUUGAUUUAUUGAAAUAAGAAUUCACCGUGAUUGUGCUGUCUUCUGGCCAGCGUUGGGCAGCUCUGCUUUAAAUUUGGUUAAUUUUAUUUUCUCUGAAGAGCGAAAAGAGGCACAGUUUAAUCUUUGCCUCCAUAGGCAUAUUAAGCUCAUGUAUUAAUUCAUUCUUAGGCUCCUACAUUAAAAGCCUUGGGUAAACAGAUAAAUGGACAUGUGCUCAGCUGUAAUUUUUUUGCAACAGAAAGAUCUGACUUCCAUAUGGCAUUGCUGGAUUUCAGAGGCUCUCUGGUGUUUUGAUAAAUCUAAAUGAAUGUUGCCUUUAAUUUUUCCAGUAUAUAAUCUAUUUAACCGUGAGAUUCAUGCUGCAAGUGAAAUCAGGAAGCACUGCAGUGUUGAAGCAAGAGUAUUGUUCAAUUCAUUUGUCUUCCUGAUCCUUGUACUUUAUUUCACAUGUCAGUGUUUACAUUACAUACUUGUAUUUUCUGUGAAAGAAAAAGUUAAAUAAAUC